GACGGGGGCGGGAGAAAAGGGACUGGUGACUCUGGGCUACAGCUUGUGUAAAUCAGGAAUGCUAUUAAAUAUUAAUGUCACGUGCAAAUUAUCCAAUUUAUUCUGAUGCGUCAAAAGCUAAAGACACACAGAAGACAAGUAUACAGAUCUAUCUAGCCAGCCUUUUGAUUUUAUAGAUCCUUGUACCAGUGUCUGUUGUGCCACAACUUGUGGAUUAGCAUGGAACAGCUGAUGAACGUAGAAAUCUUGGCAGUCCUUCUUUGAACUGAGGAGUGGCAGGGAUUUAAGACAGCUUGUACAAGUCUGACUACUCUCAAUUCAACUGCUGCCGUCUGCCAUUAUCUGUCUUGUAUUGUACAGGUUAUUAAAAGCUUUAGGCAACCAAUGACUUUCGGCUGCCAGUUCUCAUCACGUAAAACUAAAACAAGCUAAUCUCUGCUGGUGUCUUAGAUGACUAUAUCCUAGCUGAAUGCCUGAUGAUGUUAUUACUCCAUCAUCUUCUCUUUUCUAGCACUAGCAUCCAUUCUUAAACUGUUGCUAAGAAGCCCGCGAUCACUUUUGCAGGCUACGCAAUUCUACUUAACCUCACGCAAUUUUUGGAUCACGUGGAAAAAUCAAUGAAUAAUCUCUACCCAAAUUCUGGUAGAGACACAAAAUGUGUCCCAGAGUCACCAGUCCCUUUUCUCCCGCCCCCGUCCAAUCAGAGAAAAGGGAGUGGCUUGCGAGUCUAGCUAGUACUGUUGUUGACAAUGCAAUGAGCAAGGCACCAAAUGCAAUGUCUGAAGGACAAUACCCAGACUAUCAGUAUCUCUCAGAAAUCCAGACGAGCAUGGACAUGACCAGUGCUGAAUAUGAGUAUCCCCUCUCAUUGGACAACACACCCCCUCCUUGUCCAUCCCCACCAGACCAUGAAGACCAGCCUGGUGGCAGCCAGUCAGAGCAGCCUAUCUAUGAGAAUGUGGCCUCAAGCAAUGGACACCUUCCCCCAAUUGCUGAUGACUCCGAUAUCGAUAGUGAUUAUUCCGAAGUCGAACAUGAUGCCCGCAUCAGAAUACACAGCAAGAAAAAGGAACGCCCACACAAUGGUAGUGAGUUAGAGAACAGUAGCAAGAUAUAUGUCCAGGGACAUUUGCCUGAUUAUCACUCCUCUAUUGACGCUCGUCUUCGAAGUGUGUCUCAACUGAACGAACUUGUGAGUAGUCUAUCAGAGCAGGGAAUUUAUCAGGGGUUGGCUAUGACCGACCAAGACAAGGAGGAGAUCGGAAUAAUGCCUGAAUGUGUGUACAUGACAACUAAUCUGCUGGAGAAUCUUGGAGAGCAGCUAAACGUUGUUGAGGAGAUGGAGACAUUGGCCUCAGGCGAGGAGGACGUUAGAGGUAAACUGGGGAGUAAGACUGACCCCAAUGUGUUCAAACCUAAGAUCAGGAGACAACUACAGCACAGAGCCAGUGCUCCCACCUCCGCCCAACUACCCACCUCCCCUCGAGCUGUGGUGGUUCCUCGCUAUCGUAACUACCUCAUCCGACCACCUCCCCUACCUCCCAUCUCACAGCAGGCCACUCUGGCUGAGCGCAAAGCAUACAGUGCAGUUGAAAGCUUGCUCAAGAGUGAGGCUGCUCUGCUCAGCUCCUUGCACAUUGCAAUCCAGGUAUACAUGAGACCAUUGAAGGAGCUCUCCCUCGGCCCUAGCCCCAUCCUCAGCAAGCAGCAGGUGGCCACAUUGUUCGGGCCCAUAGAGCAGAUCUUGUCUGCCCAAGAGUUGUUCUAUUCUGCUCUCACCUCUCGGACACUGGCAUGGAACACAGAGCAGAAGAUUGGUGACGUCUUCCUAUCAUCUCUGGCCACCAAAGAAGUGAUUCGUAGCUACUCCACGUAUGUCAAUAACUUCACUGCGGCCAUUAGCGUGCUGGAACAAGGACUUAAGAAAAAGGUUAAGUUCAUCUCCUUCCUCAAGGAGAAGUACAAACAGAGCAACACUAGCCUGAGUCUACAGGGGCUACUACUGAAGCCCAUCCAGAGGUUUCCUCAAUAUAUAAUGUUCAUUCAGGACCUACUCAAGUACACCGCACACAACCAUCCCGAUAGGAUCACUCUUCAGAUGUCCCUCGCUAGAUUUGAGGGAAUUGCUGACUACCUCAACGAGUCCAAGAGGGCCACCGAGCAGAAGAGUAUUGUCGAGUAUCUGAACACUCGAGUAUCCAAGCUACCAUUCCGCCUGACUGACUCUAGGAGUAGAUGGCUACACAGGCAGGACGUAGUCACCCGGCUGUUUGCGAAUGGAUCAAGUGUGAAGAAGAAGAAGCGCUACCUCCUGCUAUUCAACAACAUUAUCCUGUGUGCUGCCCCCAACAGGAAGACACAGCGUCAGGAGGAAAUGGAGGGAACCACCGGGUCCAAGUUAUUUCGAGCUGUUGAUGGGACUUACCGGUGCAAGUGGCAUGUUCCAGUGGACAGUCUGGAAGUGUUGGAGCCAGAUUAUCAGAAUGACAUCUGGGACUACUUUGUUGACUCAGAAUCAGGUUUGGCCUCAACCAAUGUUGAUGAUUACAAGCAAGCCAAGUCAAGCACUCAGAAGUUGGAGCAUGACUUCACUGUCAUGGUGAAGAUAGCCUCAUCCAUUGCAAAGCUACAUCACGACUACGAGGGCUUGACCACCACGGAUGUGAACACCCAUAUUAGAGUGCUCCAGAGGAAGCUAGCCAGAGUUAAGGAACAGAUAGAGUCCCAUCAGGCUGGAAGAUUGGACAUAUCCAUCCCAACCAAAGAUGGCACUAGGAGGGUGACCCAUACCUACGUGUUCCCCAACAAGAGAGUCAAGGACAGCUGGAUCAAUACACUCAGAUUCACAAAGCUCAAACUUAACAGGAGCAACAAGAAUGCCUGGGUGACCUCAGAGGAUACCAAUGAUGAGGACUUCUUUGACCUCUCCCACAAGCUGCCCCUCCUAGUGGAGUCAUACCGCCUCAGCAUGCUGCACACACUCAACUCUAUCAACUGUGGUGCUAGGGUUGGGGACAACAGUGCAUGGCUGGCCAGUGGGAGCCAAAAGACAGCACAGAUCACCAUAGUUGAGUGUGUCACCCCAGCCCCCCUGGUCCUGGAGAGCUUCAAUGUGGAGUCUAGCCGGGUCAUGGCCAUAGUGUACGUGCCCCCAGCUACGCACUGUGAUGCUACACUGACGGCUACCAUGAAGAGAGUAUCACUAAGAGACACACUCAAGAACAUGGGCACACUGACUAACCUGCCUCCUCACUUGCCCACUGUAUGGAUGGGGGCAGAAUGUGGGAAGCUCUUAGUCUACAGCUCAGACAGUAUUGAGGAUGGUACUAAGAGGUGUCUGUCAUCUAUCAAGUUCAACGAUGCCAUUACCUCGCUACAAUAUUACAAUGAUAAGGUCAUCAUUAGCACGGCUGAGGGAAGCGUCACUAUCUUCCAAAGAAACAUGAUGGGCUGGAAUCUGGGUCAAAAGACGACCAUUUCCGUGCUGGAGGGCGUCAUACGCUGCACCUGUCUAGUCAAGAGCAGACUCUGGGUGGGGGCCGCUAACAUCUGCUACUUUGUCAACUUGCAGACACGGAAAGUUGAGGGACACUUGGAGAUGAGUAGUGAUAGCCAGGUGGUGGUGAGCAGGAUGGUCUGCUGGGGGGAGGGGAUCUGGGUCAGCUACAAGGGCAGUUCAACACUCGAACUAUUCCACACUGUCACAAAAACUUCUCUUCAGAGCAUCGAUGUGAAGUCAACUCUACACUCAACAAUGAAGAGACGGGACUUGUUGGAUCGGUACCCAGUCUCUGAUCGUGUCCAUGUGACCGCUCUCCUCGUCUCCCCGGGUUACUUCUGGAUUGGAACGUCCGUGGGAAUCAUCAUGGUGUACCGGAUCCCUCUAAUUGAAGGUGUGCCCCUCAUCACGGCCAAACCCUAUCUGGCUAUGGACGGCCACAAGGGACAGGUGAGAGUGAUUCUGACGGUGAAGACACAAGCCACUGUCUCCAGUCUUAGAGUAAACCAGUUCCUGAAGGCUGAGCAACGACAGAGGUACUCGACUAACCUGGAGGAGGAGGAACACGCACAAGCCUUGAGGGCAAUGGAGGCCACUGAUGGGGAAACCCCCUCACCAGAAAGUACUUUCCCAGCAUCCAUCAGAGAGGAGGACUUGCUCGAGACGUUAUCUGAAAGCGGUGGAUUUGACGAACGUGAUGAAGACGAUGAUGAUUUUAACGAAGAGGACAACCAUACUUUGGUGAGAUCGGCCACACCCAGUUUGCCGCACCCCUCUACUCUGGAGUUCAGUGUCGACAGUACUAUGGAACAGUCAAUGACACCCGCAAUGGAGGCAAGCUAUGACGAGUUUGAUGGUUUAGAAUCGAAUGAUACAUCACAAAUGCCCCUCGAAAACCAAACUCCUGCUAAAACUCCCCGUGGCUAUACAAUUGAUGAUAGACCUAGGUUAGACACUCCUGAUGGACAGCCCAUGCCUGGCCUGACAACACACGAGGUCGAGCUACAGGACAUUACUACUCUGCGACCAAUUUCAGAAAUAGAAACGAUUGGAGUUGAAGAUAUCCUCGCUAAUCGGGCCGCCAGUGAUUUCACGGACUCUAAAGACUUCGACAUGUCACUACCUAAUCUUGAAUUGAUCCCUUCUACUGGAGUGGAGCAAUCGCUUGAUUUCCUUGCGACCCCUUCAAACAAGCUAACCCUCCAUCAUCCUAGCUCUACUGCCCACGAGGCAAGUACUGGAGACCAGACGAAGGCUGCAUCUGAUCAACCUGUAGUACACCACGUCCAAGACUUGCAAGAAAUCGAGGACACAGAUUUGUACGCACCAAUUUGCAAAGAGACACUUCUGAGCAACCAGAAGAAAGUACAGCGAAUAGACACGAUAACGGCUGUUGAAAAACACCGUUGCGAUAAGGGCAUCUACUUGUUGGCUGAUGAUUCACUUGAUGGCUACCAUGACCCGGUGGAAUUAGACUCUGUGACUAAGCGUGUCCUCUCUGAUGAGCUGUCAGGUAGCGAGGGUGAGAGCAAUCUCGAUAAUGUGGUACUGCGGAGGAAGAGGGGGGAGGAAACGCUACCCACACCCUACGAGGACCCGGUAGUGCUGGACAGAGCAGGUCCCAACUCUGCCAGCAAAGUCUUCACCUCCACUUUAGUGAGAGACUCUCAACCAACUGUACCUGGUCGACCCAAAGGCUCUAAAGAAGGUGCCAUCUUUGUGCUGACUUGUGGAAGAGGACUCAUUGAUCUGCGUUAUGGAGCAAAGACUAAUGUUUUGUUUCCAAUGGCCAAGGACUCCGUGUCUCAAGAGGACAGGCAGACGGAAGGAUGCAUGCUGGCAUACGAGAUUGAACAAUAGAAUGUUUGAAUGAAUUUUUUAACAAUAAUAGAGUUUCAAUUAUAGCUAGCACAGGUAUAAUUUUGUUAGUAUGUGAUUUUUAUUUUAAUCAGCUAAGCUGCAGCCAAUCAUUUUAUUUAUGUGUGUGUGCGCGUGACCACAGGUUUUAACAAUCUUGUAUCUUAAUUUCCAAUUUUAUAAGUGACUGACAAUUCUUAAUAAUAACUUUUUUUAUUGUG